CCGGCUGCGGGGGACGGCGGCGGCUGGCGCUGCGGGGUGGGGUACAGGAGGAGCGGAGUUGGCAGGGCCGGUCCCUGUCCCUGUGAGGCUCUCACCGGAAUCCCUGCUGUCCCCGAGCAGCUGAGGAGUGUUGGACACCCGGGUCGCAGGUGUGGCUGCGGCCGUGUCAUCCUGGUGGUGUGAGCCCACUGCGGCUUUAGACUCGCGUGGAAACUGCGUUCCAGGGCUUGGUCCCGAGGGGGACGGGCGGCGGAGCCGAGCCAGGGGGAGGAUGCCGGGCUUCUGAGGGGUCUGAGAGUGCGUCCCGGAGCGGGUGAAGAGCACGACUCGGGGCGGCAGCGCUCCGCACCCGGCCACCGUUCCGUUCCGGGUUUGAGAGCCCUGCUCUGGGAACUGAGGGUCUCCUGGGCCUCGCCGCGCCGAGUGGGAAUGCCGAGUGCACCCAGGCGGCCCCAGUCUGUUCCCCGCUCCCUGAACCUUCGGGCGGACCGCAGGGCUGCAGCCGAGAUAGAUUUGGACCUAGUGAAAGGACGCCGCCCCUUAACCCCGGCUAUGGACUCCACAACAUCAGCUCCCCCUUCUCAGGAUCCUGCUCUUCCUCCAGAGAGAUACCCAGGAGAAAAGGGAACAACCAGUUUAUUCCCGAAAGCCAGGCCCCAGGACUUGAUGACAUUUGAAGAUGUGGCUGUGGAAUUCACCCAGUGGGAGUGGGGGCAGCUGAACCUUGCUCAGAAGGACCUGUACAGGGAGGUGAUGCUGGAGAACUUUAGGAACCUGGCCUCCUUGGGGUUUUCAGUGUCCAAACCAAAUGUGAUCUGCCAGUUGGAGGAAGGGGAAGAGCCCCAUGUGUUAGAAAGAGAAAUCUCAACAGGAGCCCACUCAGACUUGGAGAGAAGGCCUAAAGCCAAGGAAUCAACGCCAAGUCAGGGAAUUUCCAAGAAAGAAUUAUUCCAGGUAGCAUCUGUGGAAAAACACAUUCGAGAUAAGCUCUGGUUCUCCAAACUGAAAGCAGCCUGUGGUUGUGAUGACCAGUUAGAGACACAGCAGAUAAAACAGGAGAGACACCUGAAAAAAAUAACAGUCACUCACCAAUCUACUGUCACCCUUAGGAGAGAUCGUGAAUGGAAUGAACUUGGGAGAAGUUUAGGCUUAACAUCGGUCCUUGUUGACCAACACAGUGUUCCCAUGGGAGAAGGGUCCUAUAAAUGGGAUACAGAAUUCAGACAGACUUUAGAGAGAAAUAACUCUCAGAGAAACCACCUGGGGAAGAAAUCUUGCAAAUGUAAUGAGUGUGGGAAGUCCUUCCAUUUCCAGUCAGAACUUAGGCGCCAUCAGCGAUGUCACACUGGAGAAAAGCCAUAUCAAUGCAGUGAAUGUGGACGGGCCUUUGGUCAUAUUUCAUCCCUUAUUAAACAUCAGAGAACUCAUACUGGAGAAAAGCCCUACGAAUGCAGCGAAUGUGGGCGAGCCUUCAGCCAGAGUUCAUCUCUUGUGCUACAUUACAGAUUUCACACUGGAGAGAAACCCUACAAAUGUAAUGAAUGUGGACGGGCCUUUGGUCAUACUUCAUCCCUUAUUAAACAUCAGAGAACUCAUACUGGAGAAAAGCCCUACAAAUGCAGGGAAUGUGGGAGAACCUUCAGCCAGAGUUCAUCUCUCAUCGUACAUUAUAGAUUUCAUAGUGGAGAGAAACCCUACAAAUGUAAUAGAUGUGGGAGAGCCUUCAGCCAGAGUUCAUCUCUCACUCAACAUUAUAGAUUUCACACUGGAGAGAAACCCUACAAAUGUAAUGAAUGUGGACGGGCCUUUGCUCAUACUGCCUCCCUUAUAAAGCAUCAGAAAAGUCACGCUGGGAAAAAAUCCCUAUGAAUGCAGUGAGUGUAGAAGUAUUUUCAGCUGGAGUAUGCACAGCACCAAGCCUCAGAGGAUUCUUAUCAGAGAGAGGUCCUAUUAGUGUAAUGUAUGUGGGGAGACCUCUGGUGGGGGACACAUCUUGUUUAACAUCAGACAGCGCACACUAAAGAGAAGCCCUGCCAAUGUCAAGAGAGGGUGAGCAUUCAGUCACACCCCUCUUACCAAACACCGGAGAAUUUAUACUAGUAGAAACCAUGUGAAUGUAAUGAAUGUAGAAAGGCUUUAGUUAGAGGACACAUGCUACUUAACAUCAGACAGUUUAUAUGAGGAGAAGUCUUAUCAAUGCAAUGAGUGUGGCACACCCUUCAGUCACAUACUGUUCCUUAAACAAAAUAAAAUAAUAACUCAUGCUGGAGAGAAAAUCUGCAACUGUGGUUAAGUAUGGAAAAAGCUUCAGUAAUACUUCUUCCCUUGCUAAGCAUCAAAAAUACACACUAGGGAGUAGCCCUGUGAAAGAAGAUGUGGGGUGGCCUUCAGUCAGAGUUCACCCCUUAUUAAGCAUCAGAAAAUUAAAACUUGAGAAAAACCUUAAAAAUGUGGUGAAUGUGGAGAGCCUUCAGUCAAACCUCAUCCUUUUGUAAACCUCAGAGAAUUCUCCCUACUAGUUACAAACCCUGGGAACAUAAGAUAUGUGGGAAAGCCUCUGGUGGGUGUUCCAACCUUUCACACAUAGAGAAUUUGUACUGGAAUGACUUCAAAUUUGGUCGAACUAGGAAAACCAACUAGUACAGUUCAGGCCUCAGCAUAAAUUAAGUCUUCACAUCAAAGAGAAACUCUGGAAGCUUAAUCAAUAUGAGGAAAGUUCCUUUUAGACUUGAGAUUCACAAAAUAGAGCUAAAAGGAAGCCAAGAAACCAGCUCAUCUGGUGAUUCUGUACCCUGUGGGGGCCAUUUGCACAGCUGCACUUGUGCUCUGCUCCCACCCUGUACUGAUGGGGUGGGCUGGCAGUGAGCAAGUGAGGAGGAGGGAGGCUGAGGAAGAUGAAGAGCCAGCAGUGAUCCAGCCCAACCGUAUUCUAGAACUAGGGAAACAUGUUCACAAAGUGCUGUGUCCUGGUCUGCAGGCCUGCCUGGGCUGGGCCUCUUUCCUUUGGUUCACAGCUGUACUUUGGGGAUUGGGAGGCUGAAAGCCUUCCCUGCAUGGCACACCCAUGCGUUUGUUUCUCUGUAACAUACAUUACCUUUCUCUGUGAGGCAAUGGAGUGGUCUAUGUUUGAGCAAAAAGCAACUUUCAUUACAUCUUUAUG